GGGGUCCGUUGCGGGCUCCACGGCGCCCUCUAUCGCCCCAAGGCUCGCAGGUGGACCCAGCAGGGAAGAGGUCUAUGUCGCUGCGUGAGGAAAAGAUGCUAGAACCACAGGAGAAUGGCAUGAUUGACCUACCAGAUUAUGAGCAUGUAGAAGAUGAAACUUUUCCUCCUUUCCCACCUCCAGCCUCUCCAGAGAGACAAGACGGUGAAGGAAUUGAGCCUGAUGAAGAGUCAGGAAGUGGAGCACUUGUUCCUGUACCUCCAAAGAGAACAGUUAAAAGAAAUAUACCCAAGCUGGAUGCUCAGAGAUUAAUUUCAGAGAGAGGACUUCCAGCCUUAAGGCAUGUAUUUGAUAAGGCAAAAUUCAAAGGUAAAGGUCAUGAGGCUGAAGACUUGAAGAUGCUAAUCAGACACAUGGAGCACUGGGCACAUAGGCUAUUCCCUAAACUGCAGUUUGAGGAUUUUAUUGACAGAGUUGAAUACCUGGGAAGUAAAAAGGAAGUUCAGACCUGUUUGAAACGAAUUCGACUUGAUCUCCCUAUUUUACAUGAAGAUUUUGUUAGCAAUAAUGAUGAAGUUGCGGAAAAUAAUGAACAUGAUGUAACUGCUACUGAAUUAGAUCCCUUUGUGACAAACUCAUCUGAAAGUGAGAUAUUUGCUUCUGAGUCAAGUAGAAGCCUAACAGAAGAGCAACAACAAAGAAUUGAGAGAAAUAAACAACUGGCCUUGGAAAGAAGGCAGGCAAAGCUGCUGAGUAAUAGUCAGUCCCUAGAAAAUGAUAUGUUAAUGAAUACAGCCAGGGCACACAUGGUUGAAGAGGUUAAUACUGAUGAAGAUCAAAAGGACGAGUCAAAUGGAUUAAACAAAGACAUUCUAGACAAUCCAUGUAAUGAUGCUAUUGCUAAUACUUUUAAGUGAAGAAGAGGAAUUAAAAUUAGAGGAAACACUGCUGGACCAGUCUUUUAAAAAUGUGCAACAGCAACUUGAUGCUACAUCGAGAAAUAUUACUGAAGCUAGAUAAGUUUCCAUUAAGAGAAAAUGUAUCUGUUAAGUCAUCAUCCUGCAAGCUUGGCGUUACUAUGUAUUUUUUCUUCUUGGAGUGAAAAUCCUUAGGUAGUAAAACUUUUACAGAUUAUUGUUUAAAAUCUGGUAAUCUGGUAUUUAUUUAUAAUUAUGCUUGUCACUUUAGUUAAAUCUAUUUGUUCUCUUUAGUGUUGGGUUUUAUAUAGAUGUUUCUUCAUAAAAUGAUUAGUAGGUAAU